AGUGUGCAAGUCGGAACACAUUGCCGUCUGCGUUCAUACAAGUAACAGACGUGAGCGAGCGAGGAUACGUGAAUAAAGAUCGAAGAUUGUGUGGAUUUUAAUCAUUCUCUUGGCUCUUCGCUGCGACAUAAGACACAAGAUGAAGGUAUUGUUUGUAUGUGUGGUGUUGCUGUACAUUGCCAUCCCAACAGAGAGCGGAGUAGCACAGUGUCCGAAUGGACAGUUCUUAGACAUGCAACUGGACGUCUGUAAAAAUUGUUCCACAUGUCCAAAGAACCAGAUUAUCAGAAAACCGUGCCACUCACACGGAGACACGAUGUGCGGGCCAUUCCGCGAGUUCAUAGACUUUAACCAAAGGCCUGACGAAGGUGGUCUCGUUGACGAGGAACAUGCCCACCCCGACCACCACAAACACGGCAAACAUCACAAAGGACACCACCAAGGAAAGAAAAACCAUCACAAAUCCACGGACCCUACCUCCGAACUGUCCAUUGUAUCCAUUGAUGACACGACCGACCCUGCGAAAAGUCAAGGGAGCAUUCUGGAUUUGACGUCUGCCGUCUCCUCCAGCGAACACCAAUGGAAGACCCUGGCUAUGGCGCUGAUCGGAAUACUGUGCAUAGUGUCUGUGUCCCUCGUACUGUUUGUAUUCGCUGCAUGCUACAUCAGAAGCAAGAGACAGGCGCUCGAGAAAGAAAUGAUUUAUGAUCCAGAAAUGAUGGAAUGUCAGAGUGCAUAUGUUCAAGUACAACCGUAUGAACCAGCACGUGAUCGCCUAAAAUCGAAGAGCAAUAUCCGGGCCGUCCGCGAGUUCCAGCAAAAUGCAUAUGAUUCCGGAAGUGACGACAGUUGUGGAAACCCACAUCCGCCAUCAAGCCAGUUGCUGGGGCAACUGAUUAUUGGACCGAUCGUUGAUGAUUACGAUGCAGACAACAGCGGACAAACAAUUACAACAACAAAAUCAUCGGACUACGUUUAUUUCAACAGCCCCCAAAAUGCAAACGGGGAGCCGUGAGCUUCAAAUAUUCCAGACAUUAUUGAGACUGUAGAGUGACUGACAUGAUUCCGAGUCACUUGAUUGAUGCAAGAGCACGUGCAGACAGUGCUUAUGUGUGUAUGUGAACUAUUUGUGAUAUUAGUGUGCUCAUCUGGUAUAUGGGUCUCACCCAGUGCUGGUUGGCCCAAACGGCCAUACAUCAUCAUUCUUGCUCAUGGAAUCAUUUGCAUAAAUUAGCAUAAUUUAUUCAACUUGCAGGGCGUACUAAAAUGAACUUUCUCAUGUCUGAGAAGUCUCUUGAAGACUUCUAUGCUGUAUAUGCUACCCACGUGUUCUCAGCGUUCUGUGUGAAAUCUCUGUCCCAUAAUUAGGUAUUUGCCAAGAUAUCUUAUUGACCGGAGCCGUCCAAUAAAAGAAUAUUUGACUUAGAACCCCUCUUGACCACUCAUUCGCUGUGAAUAGAUGCAAUAUGGCAGACGCAGCAUCAAGCAUCCACUCACUUGACGGCUCCGUUUGUACAUAGAAUGUACAAAAUAUAGAUCCUCCAAUUUCAACAAUAGGAUGAAUGGGCGCCUCUGACAGGUUCAAAACCGGUCCUUGUUCUUGAGUUCCUUGGCAUAGAGACUUACAUUUGUUUGAUUCAAUAUUUCCUUUUGAUGUAUCUUCUUAUAGAAUCAAACCCGCCGUCUUUUCACAAAGUCAUCUAAGAUACACCAAAAUCCGAAUUUAAUUUACGUUUUAGCCGCAAAUGUAAACCCCAAAUCCGGAUAAUUAUCAUCAAUAAAUCUCAAUUUCCAUAACGCCGAUAAAGUACAAAGCUUAGAUGUCUCUCAUUGCAAAUACGGUCGGGAAUUACAGAAAAAGCCAUUGUUGAAGCUCCGACAAAAUUGAGCUUAGAGUGUAUUUAGAUAUUACUGCGGAUAAUCUCUCCCCGUGUGAAUGGGCCUUGUGUUAGAGUCGGCCUGCGUGGUUGCUGGUUCCCACAGUUACAGCACAGGGUUUCCUGUCUGGGGGACGCGGAGUUAGAUUGGGGAAGUUGUUUGCCCCCGUCUCGUGCGGAGCCAACAUCUUAGUUGACUACACAACAGGUUCUGAUGGCAGACGGAAACAUUACACCGUAACCAGCUCGUUUCAACAUUUUUUCUGAAAUUAUCACUCAUUUCAGAUUGAAAUUGCAUAUUAGUAAAGCAUACUUUGUUGUCCAAAUUAGUUUAAUCGUAAACUAAUUUAAUUUGCAGAAGCGUUUUUGUCUCCAAACGGAAACUGGGAUAUAUUAACAGAACUAUGAGAUAUACAUAUUUCAUGUCUUAUGGUUAGGUGCCCAUAUUGUGGACAUACAGCGUCAAGGUCAGGUCAAGGACUGGCUGCAGUGCUUUUCACCAAACCGACAACUCAACAACCCAUAACGUCAAUAUUUAGAAAUCUUGGCAAAUACGCUCCCCUCUCUCGGUCACCUGAUCUCAGAUCAAGACUCUCCCUCUGUCACUUUAAUCUGUGCUACAAACUGCAUUAAGGUUCUCGUCUCAAAGACGAUUGCAAACGUGCAUUAUUGUUUGAAUAUUUAAACUAUGCAUUUUCUGCUGAAGGGGUCGGCAGCAUGAACGUUUAUUUUGUCAGAAAACGGUGCCUUCACUGCCAAAACAAAGCCUAUUUUUCUAAUGCUUUAUCUGUACUUUGUGUUGUUGAUGAGACAGUGGUACAUACACCACUGAGUGUGUGUUGAGGCUGGUGCGAGAGUGACGUAUGCAUGGUACCAUUUAUGACGUCAGAUCCGGGAAAACCGGAAACUGAAUUGAGGUUUUCUUCUCAAGGUUGUUCAAGAUUGUAUAUAUGUUGACUAUAUAUUUUGUACAAAAGGUGUAAAAAUGACGAAUUUGAAUUAAAAAUUCAAAAUGUA